AUGAGCAUGUACGGCUCUAACCCCAAGCUGAACAACGCUCAGAGGAGUAACUCGCGACCGGAAUUGUCAACCUUCCGAAACGACGUGUUCGCCAGUGGGAAUGGCUUUCACGGAGAUUACCAGGUUGGAGAAGGUGUAUACACCAUGAAAACGACCAACUUUUCCAGAUCCUCCAUGUAUGGCGGCGGGGCAGGCGGGCCGAAAGGCUACGGCACCAUGGGGGAGGGCGCAGGUGGCGGAACCAGUGUUCAAGGAAUGAUUCAGAAAUGUGCGUUGCUGAGGGAACACUGUGAGGGUCACCUGGAGAGAGCUUUGAUGAUUGCCAACUCGGGCGGCCCGGCGAUGGAGGUGAAUAAGUUCUUAGGGCUGGCUGCAGAGAGCAUCGAGCAGCUGAAAAACUGUGGCAGAGAGCUGAGCCAAAUGCGUGUGCAGCACGAUGUUUUCAACACUGUCGACCAACUCCAACAAGUGCACAGUAAUAUGCAUCAGAAAAUGGCCAGUGCUUCAACUAUAAGACGGGUGAGAGAAAGUGUGGUCAGCGACGGGGGGCGGCUCUUUAAUGAUGCCAUGGCUUGGAUUGCUCAACAGAAGCGCCUGAUUGAGACGGCUCCCUUUGGAGAUGACUCGGCUGCCAUAGAGAAGCAAAUCGCAAGCCACAACAGAUUACACGCCCAGAACCAAGGAAGAGUUGAAGUCGAUCGGGCAAGAAGUGAACUGAUGGCAGAGAAUGACAAGUACCACCUUGCCCUCUUGGAACAAGAAUGGGAGAGCCUUCAGAAAACAUCUGUCAAGCAUGUGAAUCAGUUGCGAGAGCUUAAAGGCAUCAUUGAGGAGAUCUCCAGAGCCAUCAUGUGGGUGAAUGAGAGAGAGGAGUUGGAGCUUGUGUUUGACUGGGGAGACAAGAACAUUGACCAGUACAUCCCCAAGAAGCAGGAGGCCUACUCUAUGCUGAUGAGGGACCUGGAGGAGAAGGAGAAGGAGUUAAACAAACUGAAGACCAAAGCCAGCGGCCUCCUGAACAACAACCAUCCCGCUUCAGAUAAGAUUGAGGCCUAUUUGGACACCCUACAAACCCAGUGGAGCUGGCUCCUUCAGAUCACAAAAUGCAUUCACAUCCAUUUGAAAGAGAAUUCUGCUUACAGCCAAUUUUUCAAAGAGGCCAACGAGACGUAUGCAAAGCUGAAGCGGGAGCAUGAGAUGAUUCAAAGAAAAUUCACCUGUGACAAAAACACUCCACUGGAAAACCUCACGGAACUCCUAAAAAACCUUGAGAGAGAGAAGGAACGGAUCAUGGAUAACAAGAGGCUGGUCCAAAGUCUGGUCAGCAAGUCCAAGUCUAUUGUCCGGCUUAAACCUCGGAACCCUGAGGAGAAGAGCAGCAGCCCUGUCAUGGUCCAGGCUUUAUGUGACUUUAAACAGGACCAGACAGGUAUUUUAAAAGGGGAUGAGGGGAUCCUGAAGGACAAUUCGCAGCGCACCAAGUGGCAGGUGACUGGUCCAGGGGGUCUUGACAUGCUGAUUCCCUCAGUGUGUCUGCUCAUUCCCCCACCAAAUCCACUCAGCAUCACCCUUGCCAACAAAAAUGAGCAGUAUUAUGAAGCCAUCAUUGGAAUUUGUAAUCAGGUGUAUAUCAACAUCAAGAGUCUCAUCUCCUGGCAGUAUUGCCUCAAAGACAUCAAUUAUAUCAACUCCCUCACCAUCAGUAUGCUAGCAAAGAUGCGUCCGGAGGAGUACCGCAGCAUCAUCAAAAGCCUGGAUACUCAUUACGAGGAGUUCAUGCGUACCAGCCGAGGUUCAGACAUGUUUGGGGAUGAGGAAAAGAAAACCAUCCAAGGCCACUUUGACAAAGCCCAACAACACUAUGAUACACUGAUUGUCCAGCUGCCUACAUACAGUGGUGAUGGGGUGAAGGUUGAGGAGUCUCAGAAGGUGACUGCGUCAACUACCACCAAAGUCAAGACCCCGUCCCCUCCAGCCAGUUCCGUGUCACUCACACUGCUUAGCAGCCUGCAAGAAAUCCGCCGCCGGCUGGAUUUGGCUGAAUCUGACCUCACCUAUCAUCUCCACAUCCCUCUGGGAGACGAAAGCGUCCACAAGUGCUCGAUGCACAUCCAGCAGCUCCAUGAUGUGCACCGACAUCUUGAGUCAGUUCAUGAUGAUUACCUCCACCUGAGGGAGAAAAUUAUAAAGCAGCUAAAGACAAUACCUGCAGACUCAGACCAGGCUAAGUUCCUCCGGGCUGAACUGGAAAUCAUCAGUGAAAAAGUGGGAGGCCUGCAGGGUCUCCAUUCAACCUAUGUUCAGAGACUGGAAGCGCUUAAGGCGCUGCUUCAAAGCCUUCUUCAGGCUGAGGAUAUCAUUAAAGUUCACGAGGCCCGGCUUACUGAGAAGGAGACCAGCUCCCUGGACAUCAGAGAGUUGGAAAACUACAGGAGCUCACUAAAGCAAAUGAAGAAUGAACUGGAGAAAAAACGGGACCUGCUGACAGCUAUGGAGUCUGACCUGAAUAAAGCAUUUCACUGGAAUGGUCAGAUUUCUGAUUCCUUCCACAAGUGUGAUGUGGAUUUGUCCAAGUACUCAGACCUGGUGAGCCAGUUGUGCGAUCGCUGGCACCGUAUCCAAACUCAGAUUGAUAGCAGAUUGUGGGAUCUGGACAAGCAUGAGAAGCAGUUAAUGCAAUAUCAGCAGGGCAGCACCUCCCUGGAACAGUGGCUAGACAAUGCCAGGAAACGCCAGGAGAACCUUCAGAUGGUUAAACUCCACGACAUCACGACCCUAAUGGACCACCUCAACCACCAAAAGGCAUGGCCCUCUAUUUGCAUUCAUUCGGGAUUAUCACCAGCACUUCACAAUGAAAUCAAAGGCAAGAAGGAGAAGGUGGAGGAAGUGCAUAAAAAUGCAGACGUCUGUGCAGCAUCUAUAAAGGACUAUGAGCUUCAGCUUGCUUCCUACAGUUCAGGACUGGAAACUCUGCUUAACAUUCCUAUCAAGAGAACUAUGCUGCAGUCCCCUGCUUCUGUGGUCAGACAAGGGGCAUCUGACCUUCAAGCUCGCUACAUUGAGCUACUUACACAGUCUAGUGACUACUACAAGUUCUUAGGGGAGCUGCUGAAGAACAUGGAGGAGUUAAAGUUACGAAACACCAGAAUUGAGAUACUUGAGGAGGAAAUGAGGCGUCUAAAGGAGGACCUCCAGGAUAGCAACCAUAAAAACAAGUCUCUGGAGGAUGCUUUGGCCCGCUACAAGUUGGAGCUCAAUCAAUCAAAAGAUGACCUUAUUUCUAUGGAGGAAGUGAAGAGAACCACAGUAAUGCAAGUUAAUGCUGCCAAGGAGACCCUGGGUAGCACACAAAGUCAGAUCCAAGAUCUUAACGAAGAGCUGACCCGCAUUAGAUACCAGCUGGAGGAGGAAAAGAGAAAAAGAAGGUUGGCAGAAGAGCGCUACAACAGCCAGCAAGAAGAGUAUGAGGCGACGGUUCGCCGCAGACAGAAAGAAUUGGAGGAGCUCAGCUGGGUAAAGAUUGAUCUAGAGAAGUCUGUGAAGGACAAGGAACGUGAGCUGGAGAGGCUGAAGAUACAACUAGAGGAGGAGGCAACACGGCGACGAAAUGCUGAAACGGAUAUCUCAAAGGUAAGAACUCAGUGCACCCAGGAGAUUAGUCAACUAAAGAAAACUUAUGAGACAGAGAUCCACAUCACCAAGACCACCAUACAGAAAGCCUCCCAACAGAAGGAGGAAGAUGCAACACAGCUGAGGCUGCAACUUGAGCGACUCACUGCUGAGAAAAGAGAUGUGGAGGAGGAGCUAAGAAGACUGAGGCAGUCUGUGGCUCACUCAGAAGAGCAGAAAAUUAAGGCAGAGAAGGAGGUCAGCCAGCAGAGGGCCUCAGUGACACAAGAGACGAGGUUGCGUACGGAGCUGGAGGUGCAACUGAGAACACUCUUGCAGCAAAGAGGCGACGAUGAGCUCAAAUUAAUUGAAGCCAACAAAAACAAUCAGGAAAAGUCCAAAAAGAUAAACAUGUUAACGCUGAACCUGGAGGAAGAGGGGAAGAAGAGGAGAGCUUUGGAAUUGGAAAUCAAUCAUCUGAAACAAGCUGAAGCAGAUCUUAAGGCAAAAAACACCUCCUACCUUGAAUCAAUUAACAAGCUUAAAGUCUUUGAGCAGGAGAUCCGCAUCACCCGAAUGGAGCUGGAAAAGCAGUCCACUGAGAAAACUAAAGCUGAGCAGGGUUCUGCCAGACUGCAUAGUCGUAUCCGGGAACUUCAAUGCUCUCUGGAUGGGAUGGAAGCUGAGUUGGAAAAGCAAAAGAAGGCAACACAGGAGGAGUUCACGCGUAGAAAGCGAAUGGAGGCUGAACUGGAGAGGAUGACACAUACCUGCAGAGAGCACACAACCACAAUUAGCUCCCUGAAGUCUAUUCAAAUAGAGGCUUCCACCUCUGGGAGAAAGUAUGAGCAGGACCUCAGGGCUCUCCAGGAGGCACUGGACAAGAGCUUGAGGGAUCAUAAAGCUACCAAGGAGGAACUUGUGGCUGUGACUGCAGAGCUGAAGACGCUGAAACAGAAGCUUCAACAGGAGCUUGUUCGAAUUCACGAGCUUAACCUACGUAAUGAAAGCUUGUAUAAGACCAUCGAGGAGAAGAGCCGCCAACUUAAUGAAUUCACUACAGAGAUUGAAAAGCUGAAGAGUCUGACGCAGAACCUUACAAAGGAGCGGUUGAGGUUAGAAGAGGAACUGAGAGCAGUAAGACAAGAGAGAGAUGAUCUAAAGUUUAAGAAAGACUCAUUUGACGGAGAAACUGCUACUCAACUCUCAGCCUUGCAUGUCCAGCUACAGAGUAGCACCAAGAGGACAACAGAACUCCAGGUUCUCAUCAGUGACCUGACCAAGGAGAGAGAAAAACUUAAAAUGGAAAUAGAAAAAUUCCAAAAGCAGUCAAUUGAGACAUCCAUGAUGGUGCAUGAAUCACAAAGCCAAUACAGUGACCUGCUGCUAGAGAGGGAUAGUUUGCUUUCCAAGCUAAAAUUGAUGGAGCAGGACAAGAACCGGCAGCAACGACUUGAAGAGGAACUAACUCGCAUCAAGCUGACUUUAGAGACUGAGAUUCGUAACAAACAGAGGCUGCAGGAUGAAAAAAAUUCAAUUCUGAAUGAGUUCAACAGCAUGAAAAGCCAGUAUGAACGGAAAGAUAUCCAGAUUAGGCAGUGUGAAUCUGACAGGGACAAGGCAGAUCGAGAAAGGCUGUCCAUGAAGAGUGAGAUUGAGAGGCUAACGAGGGAGCUGAGGAUUGUUGAGGACAAGUACAAGAGCCGUCUAAUGAGUUCAGAAAAGGAGGCAUCUGAACUGUCUCUGAAGAGAGAUUCCCUGGAGAGAGAAAUACAAAGAUUAAUGCAGAGACCAAGCAGUCUGAGUAGGCAGACCCAGACUGAUGAGAAAGUUCCAACAAUUGAUCCAUCGAAGCUUGUAUUUAAUGGGGUGCGCCGUAAAGUCACAGCCCACCAACUUUGUGACUGUGGUGUAAUUAACAAAGCCACCCUGGAUGACUUGCUGAAGGGCAAAAAGACAGUAGAUGAAGUAGCUGUGGACAUCCAGCUUAGCCUUAAGGGUACUGGAGUUAUUGCUGGAAUGACUACGGGUUCUCAAGGAAAAAUGCCAUUUACUGAAGCCAAACACAAGAAUCUCCUCAGUGCAGAGAGUGCCCUGAUGCUCUUGGAAGCUCAAGCGGCAACAGGUUAUAUAAUUGACCCUGCAUUUAAUGAAAGGAUGCCUGUGGAUACGGCCUGUUCCAGAGGAAUUGUAGACACAGACGACAGAGAUAUCCUAGUGAUGGCUGAGGCAGCUAGCAUUGGCUUUAAGGAUCCGUACACUGGCAAAGUUUUGUCAGUUGGACAGGCUUGCAAACAUGGCCGCAUUGACAAGGAAACUGCCAUCCGCUUGCUCCAGGCUCAGGAGUCUGUGGGAGGAAUACUGGACCCCGUUCUUGGUGUUUUCCUCCCAAAAGAUCUGGCUUUAGAUCGCAAUCUUAUCGAUGAAGACUUGUAUAGGGCAUUGAAUAAAAACCCUGCCUGCUAUGUGAAUCCAGCAACAGGAGAGAAGAUAAGUUACAGUGACCUUCGGAAGAAGUGCAUUGUCGAACCUGUGUCAGGUUUGCUCCUUCUCCGUGGUCCAGAAAAACCCUUGACUGUGAAGGGCAUCCGAGGAGAGGUUUCUGUCUCUGAACUUGUCAAAUCUGAACUACUGGAUGAAACUGACUUGCAGAAGAUUAGUCAGGGAAAGCUCACCAGCAAAGAUAUUGAAGACAAACUAAAGUCUUAUCUCUAUGGGUCCACAUGCAUUGCAGGAAUAUAUGAUGAAGCCAAUGACAGAAUAAUGCCUUUCUAUCAGGCAAUGAAAGAGGGCCUGCUCAUGAGAGGAACCACUCUGGAGCUUCUCGAGGCUCAAGCUGCUUCUGGCUUCAUUGUGGAUCCAGUCAACAAUAUCUUCUUGACUGUGGAAGAAGCAGAAAAGAGAGCCCUCAUAGGGAAGGAGUUUAAGAGUAAGCUGAUGUCUGCUGAGAAGGCAGUAACAGGAUACAGAGACCCAUCAACAGGAAAGACAAUCUCCUUAUUCCAGGCUAUUGAGAAAGAUCUCAUUGAGAAAGGUCAUGGAAUUCGGUUGCUUGAAGCUCAGAUCGCAAGUGGGGGGAUUAUUGACCCUGUUGAAAGCCACCGAAUUGAUGUCUCUGUUGCCUAUAAAAGAGGAUAUUUUGAUAAGGAGAUGAAUGAAAUCUUAACCUAUGAAGGAGAUGACACAAAAGGUUUCUUUGACCCCAAUACAAAGGAGAACUUGACCUAUCUUCAGUUGAAAGAAAGAUGCAUCACAGAUCCCAAAACAGGCCUUAUACUUCUACCUCUAGGUGACAAGAAAAAGGCCAAGAAGUCACAUGAAAGCCGCACCAAUGUUCUCAGAAAGAGGCGGGUAGUAAUCGUUGACCCCGACACAGGUCUUGAGAUGUCAGUUAGGGAGGCCUAUCACCGGGAAUUAAUUGACUAUGAUACUUUCCUGGACUUGUCAGAGCAGGAGUGUGAGUGGGAAGAAAUCACUAUCAAAGGAUCAGAUGGCUCUGCACGUUUGGUGAUUGUGGACAGAAAAACUGGAACCCAGUAUGACAUUCAAAACUGCCUGGACCAGGGUAUCAUUAACCAAGGUUCUUUAGAUCAGUAUCGUGCGGGAACACUAAGUUUGACCCAGUUUGCUGACCAAAUUACUAGCAAAACCAGCAGCACUGAAAUGACCUUCACAGCCAGCACUGUUGAUGAUAUGGUCACCUGCAGCAGCCCCACCCACGCCUCACCAUCCUCUCCUACCGUCCGUAAACGCUUCAACAGUAUUUCUAUUACAGUCUCACCCCCAGAAAUGUUUGAUGACCACAGCCCAGUGGCAGCCAUUUUUGACACAGAGACUUUGGAAAAGAUAACAGUCUCUGAGGGGCUCAGAAGGGGUAUAGUUGAUACUAUAACAGCACAGAGGUUGCUGGAGGCCCAGGCUUGCACAGGCGGCAUCAUCAACCCAGCUACUGGUGAGCGACUGUCUCUUGAAGAAGCCCUUCAUCAAAGCAUCAUUGAUGAAGCCAUGGCAUCUAAGCUGAAGCCUGCUCAGAAAGCUUAUGUCGGGUUUGAGGAUGUGAAAACAAAAAGAAAAAUGUCUGCAGCUGAGGCAGUAAAAGAAUCGUGGCUGCCUUAUGAGGCUGGUCAGAGAUUUUUGGAGUUUCAAUACCUGACCGGGGGCUUGAUAGAGCCUGGUAAAGGACGCCGCGUCACCAUUGAGGAAGCGAUCCGCAAAGGUUGGCUGGAUGGUAAAGGAGCUCAAAAGCUUCAAGAUUCUCGAAACUACCAGAAGAACCUGACCUGUCCUAAGACAAAACUGAAGAUCACAUACAAGGAGGCCAUGGAUAACUGCAUGGUUGAAGAAAGUAAUGGUAUGAAGAUGAUUCAGGCUUCCUCUGUAUCCACCAAGGGUAUCAGCAGCCCUUACAAUGUCUCUAACCCAGGAUCGCGUUCUGGGUCUAGGGCUGGUUCCAGAACUGGCUCCAGAAGUGGAUCUCGCAGAGGCAGUGUGGAUUACUCCUCUUACACUUACAGCUUCUCUUCCAGCAGUUCCACUUACAGCUCCAACAUUAAUUCCUAAUGCGCAUUAUUUGAGAUAUGAUGUUAGACAAAUUAACUGCCUUGCAUUUGUAACUUUUUAAAAUGUUUGCUUCACAUGCAUGGUUUGCUACUUACAAACUUUGGUAGGGUUUAAUUAUUUAGAUGCUUAAUCUUAUUAUGAACAUAUAUAUAUAUAUAUAUUGUUUUAUUUUUUGCAAUUUCGAAAGUUUUCAAUGAAGAUGAUUGAGUAUUAUUUGCUCUCAUUUGAUAACAGAAGGUUGAAAAUUUGUCACAGCUAAUCAUACCAUUUUUUAAUUUGAAUUUGUUUUGCCUGUUGAUGAAAUCCUCAGUAUCACCACAAUUAGUCUAUUUUUCCUCUUUCUUUUACUAUUGUAGAACAAUUGUUUCUUCUUAGUUUCUGUAGUUUCAUAUAAAUCAGUUUUUAUAUUCAGAGAAAAUUGCUUUAACCAGGGAUGCUGAUGUUUGUUUUUAAUUUCCACAAAGUAAUGCUUUGCUAUAAAGGUUAUUUUCUUCUAAUAUGUACUCCCUUGAGUGAUUACAAAUAAAGUUUUUACACCAGUUUCAGUUGCAUUUCUGUUAGUCUUACGUAAGCCCUUUGUCUUGAGAUAUUUGCAUCUGUUGUAUACAGUUGAUAA